UUUCAUUUUCCUUAAAAUUUAGCCGGUACCGAUAGGUACCCGCGGCGAGCGCUCUCUCUUUCUCUCUGUCUGUCUCUGAAAUUACGUUAUCUUCCUCGGCCAAGUUUUCGAAUCCAACCCAAGAACAUGCGAGCCACUGAUCAAGCCACGCUGCUCUUUCAAGACCUUCCGGCUCUCGCCCCUUCUCACCGCGCCUUCUUCGAACCGGCGAACGAACAAAUAUGGCGAAACCGGUGGCUCUCCGGUGCUGUCGGUGGCGAUGGGUUCGCCUGUGUUUCCAUGGCGGAUAGGAGAGAGGACGGGAAGUUCGCCCCGACGAAGGCCCAGCUCUUCAAGUACCCCCUCGCAAUGGCGGCUCUGGUGCCCAGAGACGCGUCGCUCUUCGCCGCGGGUGCGAUCUCCGGCGCCGUCGCCAAGACCGUCACCGCGCCUCUUGACCGUAUCAAGCUUCUUAUGCAGACUCAUGGAUUACGAGCUGGCCAUGAAGGUGCAAAACAAGGAAUUGGCUUUAUUGAGGCCUUCACAUUGAUAGGAAAGCAAGAAGGGAUUCAAGGAUACUGGAAAGGCAAUCUUCCACAGGUGAUGCGUAUCAUACCUUAUAGUGCAGUUCAGCUGUUUGCUUAUGAUGCCUACAAGAGACUUUUUAGGGGGAAGGAUGGAGAGCUGUCUGUUAGCGGAAGACUUGCAGCUGGUGCAUGUGCUGGCAUGACUUCAACUUUUGUCACAUAUCCUCUAGAUGUCUUAAGGUUAAGAUUAGCUGUUGAACCUGGGUGUAAAACAAUGUCUGAGGUUGCCUUAAACAUGCUAAGAGAGGAAGGGCUUGCAUCAUUUUAUAGUGGUCUUGGCCCUUCACUUAUUGGAAUAGCACCUUAUAUUGCUAUGAACUUUUGCAUUUUUGACUUGAUGAAGAAGUCCUUGCCAGAGAAGUAUCAGAAGAGGACUGGAUCAUCUCUGGUCACAGCUUUGCUCUCAGCUACUCUUUCCACACUUGUGUGCUAUCCUUUGGAUACAGUGAGAAGGCAAAUGCAAAUGAAGGGUACACCUUACAAGACAGUUUUGGAUGCUUUUCCAGGUAUUGUGGCACGAGAUGGUUUAAUUGGAUUGUACAGGGGCUUUGUUCCCAAUGCACUAAAAAGUUUACCAAACAGCAGCAUUAAGCUUACUACCUUCGACGCCGUCAAAUUUCUAAUAGCAGCUGGUGAGAAGGAGCUUCAAAGAAUUAAGGAGGAGAAUUUCAAGUUGCAAGAGCCAAGAAGUAGUGAUUCAACAGCCUAGUAUUGUAUUGAUGUUUGCAUCAUCACAUCUUUUCCAUUUUUUUGAGGAAGCUACUUCUCAUGCCCAUUCUUUCAGCCUGGAGUUUUGGUUUUCUGAGGCAUUGAAUUUCUGCAUAGUGGUUUUUGUAACUCUGUUGGAUUAUAGAACUAAGGCUUGAUGUUGGAAUAUGGAUUGCUCAAAUUGGCAAAAUCUAAAUCUUUCCACAAGGAUUUGGAUGAUAUCAUGGAUGCAAAAGGAAUGAUUGAUGGUAUAAAAUUCCAGUUACUCUCUUGGACUACCGCAAAGAGUUUUAGUGUUCUCUGGCAUAGAAUUUUUCUUGCUUGUUUAUAAUAUAACCUUCUUCUUAGCUUGUUGCCAUAUUACUCUUUGUUGUUAAUUUUGUAAGAGGAAGAUCAUAUAUAGAACAAGGA